AGUGAUGCCGCCUUACGCACAACAACAAUUUUGCAAAUUGAGAGGUGCCAAUCAACCCCCGACGACGUCGACAUCCACCCCGAACCGACUAACCCCGACGACAACAGCAGACCUUCAAGAUGCGGACGUACGACGACACUUUCUCCGGCCAGAGGAUCUACCCCGGCAAGGGUAAGCUCUAUGUCCGUGGCGACAGCAAGAUCUUCCGCUUCCAGAACGGAAAGUCCGAGUCCCUUUUCCUGCAGCGCAAGAACCCUCGCCGCAUCGCAUGGACCGUUCUGUACCGCCGGGCGCACCGCAAGGGUAUCUCUGAGGAGGUCGCCAAGAAGCGUACCCGCAGGACCGUCAAGUCGCAGCGUGCCAUCGUUGGUGCUUCGCUCGAUGUGAUUAAGGAGCGCAGGACGAUGCGGCCUGAGGCCCGCAGCGCCGCCAGGGCUGCUGCCAUCAAGGAGAGCAAGGCAAAGAAGGCUGAGGCUGAGAAGGCCAAGAAGGCCGAGAAGGCAAAGGUUGCUGGCGGCAAGGGCCAGACCGGUCGUCUGACGAGCAAGCAGGGCGCCAAGGGUGCGCAGCAGAAGGUUGCCGCCAACACUCGUUAAGAAAACCAGGUUUUGUCAAGCAGAUACACAAAUACCCUUAUCGGAACGAACUUCUUCACGGCGUCUUCUUUUUUGAUGAAUCCUGGGAACGACGGUCUCCGAAAGGCGAACAUAGCAUGAUAAAGUUUACGGUCUCAUGCAACGAACCUUCUGGGGCCAUUGGGCAGGACGGGAUAUGUAUGUACUGCGGCUGCUGUUAAGCUCUUUAUUUACGGCGGCGGCGGAACGGACGGACUGGAGUCGAAACGGAACUUUUUGUCUUUUGCCACAGGGUGCUCUCACCGGGCUUCUUUCUUGCCCAACCUUGCGUGGCCGGUAGCAUGGAAUCAUUUUAAAACCAGGGAUUUGCAUGGGUUAUUCAGAGAGCAAAAAAUGCGGAACUUGUGCUUUUUUUUAGAGGUGUCCUAAGUGUCCGCGCCUAUUACUUAUUUUACUUUUAGGGCUUACGGAAUGAUUCCGUAUCUACAGCUUGGCCAAGACGGCCUC